AUUUCUAUAGAUUUUUGUCCUAAAUCUGAUAUCAGUAUUCAUUACAUUAUUAUUACUCAGAAAUGGCAACAAACAACAACAACAAUGUCAAUACAACAAGUUCCAGUAUUCUAGCACAACCAAUGUUCAUAAACACCACAGAUCUCAACUCAAUCUUAACUCACAAAUCUCUAAUCCUCCAUCUCCAAACCAACCUUCCUGCAAUUCAAUCAUCAAUCGAAUCUCCAAUACGCCAAUCUCACCAAACAAGCCCAAAUUCAUCCCUCCUCCUCAUGCCCUCCUGGUCCACCUCCCCAAAUCUCCUCCCCUACAUCGGCGUCAAGCUAGUAACCUAUCACCCUCAAAAUUCAUCCCUCAACUUACCCGGUGUUCAAGCUAGUUACACCCUCUUCAGCUCCAUCACCGGACAAUCCCUAGCCACAAUGGACGGUACUGAACUAACUCUCUAUCGCACCGCAUGUAUAUCCGCCCUAGCUUCAAUUUACUUAUCGAGACAAGACUCGAAAACACUAGUCAUGAUCGGUGCAGGCUCAUUAGCUCCACAUUUAAUCAAAGCCCAUAUUUCAGCCAGACCUAGUAUCAAAAGAGUGAUAAUCUGGAACAGAACAGCCGAAAAGGCUGCAUUGUUAGCCAAUAAGCUAAGUUUAGAACAUGAUGUGAUUCUCGAAAGUUGCUGGAAUUUGGAAGAGGCGAUUGCGAUAGCUGAUAUAAUCAGCUGCGCCACGAAUUCAAACGAGGCUAUUGUGAAAGGUGCGUUGUUGAAGGAAGGGACACAUGUUGAUCUGGUGGGAUCGUUUACGCACUCGAUGAAGGAGUGCGAUGAUGAAACGAUUCGAAAAGGGAGGGUUUAUAUUGAUAAUAAGGCGGCGGCAGUUGAGGCGGGAGAAUUGGUUGGGGCGGUUGAGAGAGGGGUGAUUUCGUUGGAUGAGAUUGUUGGAAAUUUGGUUGAGCUUGUUGGAGGAAAAGUUAAUGGGAGGUGUAGUAAGGAGGAGAUAACUGUUUUUAAAGCAGUUGGUUCGGCAGAGGUGGAUAUUCUUAGUGCACAAUUUGUGUACGAGUCUGCAGUGAAAAAAAACGAGGCAGAUUUAAGGUUGGUUUGAUGAGUUUUGGGAAGAAUAAUAAGUAACUGUUUAUAUGAUAUAAUAAUGCUAAAUGCAAUACAUUAUUCUAUAAUAAAUCAUUUACUCAAGAUCUUAGACAGCCAAGAGCAUACUUUGAUCUUGGUAGAUUUUUCUAAGUUUUUUUUUUUUUUAACUUUAAUAUAUAUUAAAAUC